GACAGAGGCUGAAAAACAAUGGCUGCCUAGCAAAGGAAACCUUCGAUCGAUUUGAAGAAUGAUUUUCGGUUCGAAAACCGCGGUGAAAAUGUGAAAAAGUUCAAACGGAAAACUGAGAAAAUGUGGAUUCCCACCAAGUUAAAAAAGUACGGUGUCGCAAUCUACAAUUGGAAAGCAGACGGCGUCAAGUAUGGUCUGCCCCUGGAAAUCGGGGACACCGUACAGGUCCUUGAGGAAUGUCAAGGAUGGUACAGAGGCUUCAGCACUAAAAAUCGAGCUCAUAAGGGUAUCUUCCCGCAAACGUAUAUUCAUCUUAAACCUUGCAAGGUAGACAAUGAAGGCUUAUUUGAAAGUGUGGUUCCGGUAGAAGAACCUGUAGUUAGAGAAGUAACAUUAGUUUUGAGAGAAUGGGGAAGAAUUUGGAAAGGAAUUUUUGUCGAAAGAAACCACUACAACUUCGAGACUGUGGGUAAAGUGAUGCGAGAUCUUCUAGAAUGGAGACGGCAACUAGUGUCUGGAACUCUCACCCACGACCAAACUAGGGAAUUGAAGACCAAGAUCAUACAGAAAAUAGAUUGGGGCAACCGAAAACUGGGCCUGGACUUGGUGCCGAGGCAAGGAGCUCAAAUGGUAGAACCUGAUUCUAUGUCCGUUGUAGAAUUGUAUCACGUCCAUGUGUCUAGUGCUGAAAAUACUCAAGGCGUCUCUGCAAGGGGUACGAUAAAGAAAAAAGAACAGAAAAAAACCCUCACUCACCACCUGUACUUCUGCAUGCGAGACUUCGGUCACCACGUUGGCGAAGAUACCGAAAUAUAUUUUUCGCUGUACGACUCCGGUAAACAAAAAUACCUAACGGAAAGGUUCCUAGUCAAAAUCUCCAAAGAAGGUUUCUCGAAUUAUAUCGAGAAGCUUCACAGCAACUGUACUGUAUUUACGGAUUUGGGCAAUUCGGAUUUGAACAAAGACGUGUAUAUAGUAGCUCAUAUAAUGCGAAUAGGCAAAAUGCUGUAUUCGGAUAGUUCGAAAAAGACUGAUAAGGCUGUUAAUCAAACGCAAGUAUUCAAAAGGCCGCAUGGGGUAGCUGUGCAAAACUUGGGGGAAUACCUCACCAGUAAAGAGAGUGAUACGGAAGAAAAAGAAUUUAGCAUGAAGGUGUACCAAGCAGAAGAAAAAGACUUUCACCAACUUCAUGACUUCAUCAUCCGUCAAUCAGGCAAAUACAGUGCUUUGUCUACGCACAUCAACUAUGGCGUUAUUUUUUCCGUCAAAAUGCUCCAUGGCGAACUGCGAACUAUCAGAGAGGAGAACCCAUUGCUAUUCAAGAAUGUCAGUUUGACAAGCAAGCUGGGAUUCCCAGACGUUAUCAUGCCUGGCGAUGUGCGAAACGAUCUUUAUUUGUUCUUGGACAGGGGCGAGUUUGAAAGGGGCGGCAAGUCUACUGGGAAGAAUAUAGAGGUCACUGUCGUUGUGCUGGAUAGUGAGAAAAAUGUUGUGAAGAACUGUCUUUGGGGCGCUUCAGGCAUGGAAGGUGUUUCAGAAUACAACUCAAUGAUUAUAUAUCAUCAUAACUCUCCAGCAUGGGCUGAAAAUGUAAGACUGACGUUGCCUAUAGACAAAUUUGCUGGGGCCCAUGUUAGACUGGAAUACCGGCAUUGCUCAACUCGGGAGAAAAACGACAAGAAAUUGUUCGGCUUUUCGUUCUUGCGGCUCAUGGACAAAGAUGGCGCGGCUGUUCAAGAUGGCCAACACGAAUUGUACAUUUACAAGUGCGAAGAUGCCCAAAAAUUAGAGAAUUGUGGAUAUCUGUCUUUACCUGCUUUUGCGAAGGAUUAUGAGGGAAACCACGAGGCUAGUGGACAAUUUUCAAGGAGUCACAAGGAAGGAGUAGCUGUUAAAACGCUUUUGUGUUCUACUAAGCUUACGCAGAACGUUGACCUUCUAGCCUUGCUAAGAUGGAAAUCGCACCCAGAACGUAUCCAAGAAUCCCUACAGCGAGUUUUGAGACUGGGAGACGAGGAACUAAUCAAAUUUCUACAAGACGUAUUGGACGCUCUGUUCGCUUUAUUUUCUACAGAAGACGGAAACUCAACGGCUCACAGUGGUCUUGUAUUUCAUGUCUUAGUGUCUAUUUUCAAUCUCUUAGAUGGGUCAAAGUACCAGCAUUUCAAACCAGUUAUGGACGCGUAUAUCAAAAAUCAUUUUGCUGCCGCAUUGGUUUACAAAGGUCUUUUGACAAGUGUACAGCACUGCGCCGAUUGGGUAGUAUCCUUUGAAAAACAAGAACCGAUACAGAAAUGCUUCAAGAGCUUAGAAUACAUUUUCAAACUAAUUAUACAAAGUCGAUUGUUAUUCUCCAGAGCCACGGGUGGAACAUUUGAGGAUAGCUUCAGAAGGGACCUGUUCAAUGUGUUCACAUCUUUGAACAAAAUGCUCACUAUCAACGACAAUCAUAUCAUUAACACACAGGUUGCCCUGCUACUAGCAGUCAGUUCAGUCUACGAACAGUUGACAGAAGUUCUGCCAACUCUAGAAGUAACAAAACUAGCAGCCUCAAUGGUAGAUUCUUUACCCCCUCAAGUGCCCAGUAUUAUAGUCCAGGCAAAAUUGUCGUGCAUCAAGAACUUAGUUACCAGCAAAUUAUUUCAGGAUGAUGAAUCUCGUAAUAUUCUUCUGGUAACAGCAUGUAAACACCUAAAAUUCCAUCUCACAAGAAGAGAAGAGCUAAAACUUUGCACGGACAUUUUGGGCGAAAUCUUGGGCUUUUUGUACAAGCAGAGAAAAUAUCAUGAUGAGCAAGGCAAAAUCAACAACUGCAUUCAUCAUGAUGUGGACACCUUGUGUAUAGCUGUUUUAGAGGUCUUGAUACAGACUAUCUUGACCAUCAUUGAUAAGGAUGUUAAAGUAUUCGGAUGCCUAGUAGCUUGUUUGAUAGGCACUCUACAACUCCUGGACGAAUUCCACUACAAAAGACUAUGGGAAGUUCUCAUGGGGCCUCAUCAAGACAGAAAACCACUAAAAGACUUUCUACUUCGAGCGUUUCUAGUGUUUAGAAACUUAGUGAGGAUGGAGGUCUUCCCUCCUGAUUGGUUGGUUAUAAAAAUGCUCACCAACAAUGUCAUUUUGAAAGCGUUGCAGGAGUUUGCUCAACCUUUGGCGUUCAAGUUUUUGGAUUGUCGAGCAGGUUAUUUUGAUAAAGAGCUCUGGACGAACUAUUUCAACCUCGCAGUAGACUACUUGACUCAAGAUUCUCUGCAACUAGAACAAUUUUCUGAUGUCAAAAGAGAGAAAAUCAUUGAGAAAUAUGGAGAUAUGAGGGUUUUAAUGGGUUUUCAAAUUUUGUCUAUGUGGUCUCAGUUAGGUGAAUGUAAACUCAAUUUCAUCCCAUCAAUGGUGGGUCCUUUCUUGGAAGUAACUCUUGUCCCAGAAAUCGAGCUAAGGAAAGCCACCCUGCAUAUCUUUUUUGAUAUGAUGGAGUGCGAACAAAAAGCUAGAGGAAAUUUCAAGCAAGUCGAAUGUGAGCUUAUCGACAAAUUGGACAUUCUGAUCUCAGAGAAUAAGGGAGAUGAUGAGUACAGACAGCUGUUUAACACAAUUCUCUUGGAUAGAGUGCAAGCUGAAGACCCAACAUGGAAAGACAGUGGAUCUGCCUUCAUAAGUUCCAUAACAAGGCUUCUUGAAAGGCUACUAGACUACCGAAAUGUUAUACAGGGUGAUGAAAACAGGGAUAAGAGGAUGUCUUGUACUUUUAAUCUCCUGAAUUUCUACAAAAAUGAAUUCAACCGUAAAGAAAUGUACCUGCGAUAUAUCUACAAGCUCCACGAUCUGCACUUGUCAGCAGAGAAUUACACAGAGGCAGCUUUCACGUUCAAACUCUAUGCAGAUCAACUAGGCUGGAACAAUAAUCCUGUACAAGAUCCUCAUUAUCCCAACAAGACGGAAUGCCAAGUCAAAGAGCUGCUUUAUAGGCAGAUUAUCAAUUAUUUUGAUAAGGGAAAGUGCUGGGAGAAAGGCAUUCCACUUUUGAAAGAACUAGCGACAAUAUAUGAGACAAUGUUUUUUGACUACAAGCAACUGAGUGAUAUUUUGAAGUGCCAAGCCAAGUUUUAUGAUAACAUCCUGACGCAACUCCGUCCAGAACCUGAGUACUUCAGAGUUGGAUUCUACGGGUUAAGCUUCCCUCUAUUUGUCAGGAAUAAGCAGUUUGUGUAUAGAGGAUUGGAAUAUGAAAGAAUUGGUGCCUUCACACAACGAUUGCAAACUGAAUUUCCGUCUGCACAGAUCCUAAUGAAAAAUACACCACCUGAUGACACUAUCAUCAAUUCGGAAGGGCAAUAUAUCCAAAUUUGUAACGUGAAGCCCAUACCAGAACCGAACCCGGUAACUCUGGCGACAGGGAUACCAGAGAAGAUUUCUAGGUUCUAUCACUAUAAUGACGUAAAGAGAUUCCAGUGUGAUAGGCCGGUACAUAAGGGAAUUAUAGAUAAAGAUAAUGAAAUCAAAACACUUUGGAUCGAAAGAGUAAUCAUGGAAAUAGCAAGUACUCUCCCUGGUAUCUUGAGAUGGUUCGAAGUUGUGAAUAGGCAGACUGAAGAGAUACCUCCUGUACAGUAUGCUUGUGAGACAAUGAGGAAUGUUGAAAACGAACUGAAGCAACUGAUUUUGCUACAUUCUUUGGAUCCCAAGAGGAAUUUGAACCCUUUUACCAUGAGACUCCAAGGCAUUAUAGACGCUAACGUUCAAGGUGGCAUUAGUAAAUACCAACAGGCCUUCUUUACUAAGGAAUUUGCAAAAUUGUAUCCAGAACACAAAGUAUACGCUGAUACUUUGAAGGAAUUAAUCAUAAAUGCAACUAGAGUAAUGGAGGAAGGUCUAUACCUUCAUGGCAGACUAGCUCCUGCUACAGUCCAACCUUUGCAUCAGAGGUUGUUGGAAAGAUUUGCUCAACUUAAAGAAAGCCUAGGAUCUUUGAAUCAGCAUAAUUCUGGAAGCAUUGUAAAUGCUCCAUUACCCCCACUGCCCACGGACAAACGCCUAUUGACAGAAAACGGAAGCAACAGGUCGUCAAAUUCUAGUGGAAACUAUGGACAUCUAGAACAUCAAAAUGUAGAUUAUGAUAACAUCUACACAAAACCAAUGGAUAACGAGAGGUCCAUCUUGAGUAGAGAAAACCUAACGCUUCCGAUGAACAAUUCGGCGCCACCGAUACCUCAAAGGGGUGAAAUAAGGCCUAGAUCUCAAGGGUUCAACAACAGUUGUUUUGCAGAGCUGCGGACACCUACGAGAGGAUCUUUAGAAUAUAGUAGCUCUAGUUUACCUUCGAUGAAAUCCAGAGAUUCCGACCCAUGUGACGUCCCUCUGCCUCCGAAACCAACCCAUUCCAGAGAAAGAUCUCUCACAAAACCACCGUCACCUAGAUUGUUGCGCCAUGCAAUGUCUAUGACUCCAACGGACGGUAAUUCUCCAAUGCGAAAUUCCUGGCCUGAAACAGGGAAUCCUGAGGAAGCGCCUCCUUUACCUCCCAGAUCUCACACUCCCGAUAAGAGAGUUCAAAGCCUUCACAACGAAGCACCUCCAAAUAUUCCAAAACGAGGUCAGAAAAAAUCCACUCCGUCAAUGUGCAGCUUCGAGUACCUCACGUUAGAUGAUUCAACGUCAACAUCUGAAGUCAAUCUAACAGCAUGUUCUGGCAGUUUGACAACGCAAGUUGAUGGUCAUGAUCUCAGAGAUUCAGGUAUUAGUAUGACUGAACCACAGUCGACCAGUUUCAACACAACCUGUUACGAGGAUUUCGAACUACGUUCACAGCAACCAAUGCCAGGUGAACCUGUUGAUGAAGAGGCCAAAGGGGAGGAAAACCCGCCUCCCAUCCCUCCAAAAUGCAGUGUGAAUUCUAGUCUAGAUCUCAGCGGAAGUCUAGAGCGGCGCAAGAAACCUGGGGAAAACUCGAUUCGUAAUUGUGAAGAUGACAUCGUUACCCCGCCAGAAAAUUACUCUUUUCCGAAGUUGAUCCGAGAUGACGAGAAUCAAGAUGAGGAAAAUGCUAAUGGAAAAUUGGGAGAUAGCUCUGUUUUAGACGUUGUGAAUUGAUAAACAAGGGAUUGUCUUUGCGAGUUAGGAUAUCACAGUAAAAUAUAUUUGCAAAAAUGUGGUGCAGUGCAUUACAAACGUAGUUGUUGGAAAAGCGUUGAUUGAAAGACUGGUUCAUUUAUCACGUAUUUUAUUCGGGGAACUGGAAUAUAUAUAUAUAUAUAUAUAUAUAUAUAUAUAUAUAUAUAUAUAUAUAUAUAUAUAUAUAUAUAUAUAUAUAUAUAAAAUACCUUAAGGCUUCAUAACAGUCGAAUCAAUUACUAACCAUAUAAAACUACAUCAUAAGAUCUAGAAUAUACUCUAUAAAUAUUUGUCGAAAAACCUUCCUAUAUAUCUGUGAAUCAAGGCCCAAUCUAAUACUGUAAAUAUCUGUUUUAGAUUUCUUCCGUUAAUUUGACGAUCACGUGGUAUCCUAACUUGUUCAUAUCUUUCAACUAGUGAUAUGAUUAUUGAGACUGAAUACGAAAGCCAUACCUUGUUGGUAAACAGUAUUCAGUGUCUAUAAAACAACACUUUUGAACAAAAAUAUGUUUCAACAUAGUAACUCGUGUGUUCGGAUCAAAAAUCUAAAAAUCAUUUCUUCGUACUUCGUACAAGAUAUUUUAAAAUUUCGCAUUUUUUUAUGAUAUUGGUUAGUAUUUCUUCUCUUAAUUGUAACCGCAUUAUAACCUAUAACUCAAGUUGAAGAGGAACUCUGUCUGUACUUUAUACCCACCCGGUUUCAUUCUAGUGCUGUUUAUUUCGGCUGGACGUAGUCCUGAUCGCCGAGGACCUGAUCUGGCACGAACACGUCUCAAUCGCAGCAGCUGCUGGGAAAAAGUUAGUUUUUUCUGGGCUAAGAAGUACUUUUCUCCACAUAAUAUCCCCCUAAUUCUGUACAAGUGCCAGAUAAGACCUAGCCUCGAGUACUGCUCACAUUUUUGUGGUGCUGCCGCCCUGACUACAUUAUCCAUGGUCGAUGCUGUUCAGAGCAGCGCUGUUCGACUAAUAGAUGAUUUUUCUCUAACGGGACCCUUUUGCACCGACGGACCGUCGGCGAUCUGGCUCUCUUCUACGGCUAUGUCAGAGGGCGUUGCUCCUCAGAGCUCUCCUUAAUGAUGCCGAUGCGCGAUGAGCCUGUCGGACAGACACACGUGACUUCGCCCUCCCAUGAUAACCGUGUCGAAAUUCUGGAAUGAUCUGCCUGAGGAGGCUCUUCCCAAUUCUACUAACCUUAGACAGUUCAAAAAAAUAAAAAAGUGUCUUUAAGCUCCUUAUUGCAGCCCCGGUGCCCCGGUAUUUAGGCUUCUGCCCACACGGCUGCUUCGAUUUAAAAAAAACACUGAAUGGUUUAAUACGUCGAUAGUUAAGCCUUUGUCAGUUUUCAAUAACAGACCAGUCUCAUUGGUAAAUGCGGACCUUUAAAUUUUUAUUUUAUUUAGGUUACAUUUAGAAGUAAAAAUACUAUUAUAAUUCUGCCUCCAAGAGAAUCAAAAUGUGGCUGAUAAACUCAGUUUCGAUAUUAAGACAAACUGGAUGACAUGUUUGUAAAUGGAGUAUUAGAGAUUUGUUGUGAUUUUUAAGUGUCAUUUUACCCUAGCUCAUUAAAUUUAUAGUUAAUUUUAUAUACCAUAUUAUGUAUUCACUUUCAUUCCUACGUUACGUAUUGAGAUUUUUGGAUAUUUUUUAAUUGUAAGAAUAAUCAAUAGAUUAGACAUGAUACAUGUAAUUACCAACCUAGAGAUAUUAGAAGAUGCAAAAAUAUAUAUGUAUGAUGCGAAGAUGUCUUCAGAAAAUUCGUGGUAUAGAAAGUAAACGGAAAUUGAUUUUGUCUAAACGUCCAGGAAAUUUAAAAAAAAUAAGCAACUAUCAACAAUAUCUGCCAGAUGCAAUUGUCAUAUGGUAAUUCCUUGUCAAAUGUCGAUUUUUGUAAAAAAAAUUAUUUUGCAUUCAUUUCCAUUUACUUACUCGUCCAUGAUGAAAAUAAUUGUGCCAAUUGUCUCUAGUGUCGCCGAGACUUCAGACACGAGGAUCAGAAAACUUAACUUCAAUGUUCUAUAAAAGAAUCAAAGUAGAAUUUAGACAUUUUUAAUAGUAAAACGGAAUGUAAACUUUCAUAUUAAAGUCGGGUACUUGCUUUAACCCACACUUUUGGUCAAUUUUUAGAAAAAAGAUCGGAGGUGCAAUCAUCUUCAGUCUCGUCAGACCGCAGCAUCAGGGAAUGGUGUGAUCAUAAAAUACCAUUAACGACCGAUUUUAAACCUGAUUGAUGCAAUCGUCGGGAUUCUACGUGUCCUUUUUUAAUUCAGGCAAAAUGUUAUUUCUAGAGUGUCAAGGACGAAGAACAAUUACCAGUUUUCUCCAAUUCCACGUAACUAAUUCAACAGUUUAUCUCUCUUAAGUCUCCUUAACUUCUUCGAACGUAGUACCCAGAAUUUAAGCUUUGUCUUCAGUACAUUGAGUUUCAUUUUUUACAGUUGCAGGUACCCGAAUUUUAUUUGUAAGUAGAAUGUCUUACCUUUACGAAGGACCAACAUGAAACACUGUCAGGUUUCUUUUAUCGUGUUUUUGGGAAUUGAUUUUUAUCAUAACUUCUGUGUCUGUACUACAGCGGUGUAUAAAAACGCAUGUUUGAUACGUGAAUCAUUUUUACAUCGAAUUUUGUGUUUUAUUGUAUUGUGUAUAUAUUGGUGCUAAUUUUUAUUGUAUAUCUUUCCACUCAUUGCGUUACGUCAGUUCUUGAGAGACGACAAGGUUUAGCCCCACAGGGAAUUUAUUUUUCAGCCAAAAAUCAAUACUGGCGCCUUGAAAAACCACGAAAAAUACACUACUGCCAGUAUACAAAUUUACAGUGAACUUUAUCUUUUAUGUUCUCUAAAGUGUAGAGAACUUCACAAGAACGUAUGGAGACUCAAAAAAUCUUUAACCAUGGGUUUGAAAAAUGUUGACGUUAGUAAUAUUGAUAUUUCAGGACAAUUAUCAAAUAUUAUCUACUGGCUAAGCUAAGUUGUUUCUUAGAGAAUGGUGUGGUGUAUCAUAUAUUUUUAUUAUUUUAGCACUGUACUAGUCAUGUAAAACUAAUAUUUAUAUUCUAUUUUAUAUUACCGAUGGAUUGUAUUUUCUCGUACGUGGAUAUAUCAUCAGAUAUAAAUAAUAAAUGAG